AAGUCAAAGGAAUCAACGUCAUUCAAAUAGCAGACGUCAGUUGCAGGUGUGGUGUACUGUAGUGAUUGUUGUAGGUGUUUCCGUAGUUACAAAUAUGUGCAGGUCUUCAAUAUUAACAAGGGUUCUCAAAGCAACCUUGAGGAACCGACAGAAUGUUGGUUUAUUGGAUUCUAAAAGCUCCUUUAUGAAAAUAAGUUACGCAGUGUCUCAAUUUCAACACGCUGGAACACUUCUAAAAUCAAAAAAUGCGUGCCAAGUUUGUCUAGUAAGGAAAUACUCAGCACUGGAUAAUGCAGAUGUUUCGAUAACUUACAACAAAGGCUUACCAGUUAUAAGCGUGCCUUUGCCAUCGAGACAAGAACUUUGUAAGUUCACAUUACGUCCCGUUGCAUCAAAUGUGGGAGAUUUUCUACAAAGUAUCAAAGAAGAAGAUCGAGGGAUUGACCGAGCUUUGAUUUAUACAACAGAUGGUUCUCGUGUAGCAGCAAGCACCCAGAUAGCCCAUCUACUCAAUGACUCGUUUGUGUUGAAGAUAAAUGAUCAAUCCUAUACCAUCAACCCACCAUCCAGUGACUUCAAAGACACUUCUUCCCUUGAUGAAGUGAAGUCGCUUGUGUCCCAACUUUAUUCUCAGUUCAACGCAGACGAGCAUCAACUGUUGCAACAACAAGCCAUCAAUGCAAGGUUGGAAAACCUCAAAGCUGAGAUUGAACCGUUGGAGAAGGUAAAACAAGAACUUGCAAUAAAAGCAUCGAGUCGUACCAAGUUAUUAAUGUGGGGAGGGCUGGCUUUCAUGGCAACACAGUUUGGUGUGCUUGCCCGAUUAACAUGGUGGGAAUAUUCGUGGGAUAUUAUGGAACCUGUUACUUACUUUAUCACAUAUGGAACAGCUAUCGUCAUGUAUGGAUAUUUUCUACUAACUCAACAGGAUUACGUUUACCCAGAUAUUAGAGACCGGUCAUAUUUAAAAUAUUUCCACAAGCAAGCUGAAAGCAACAAGUUUAAUGUUAACAAAUAUAACAUAUUGUGCGAUGAGAUCGCUCGCGCUGAACAAGACCUUCAACGACUUCGAGACCCCCUGCAGCUCCAUCUUCCCCCCGAGCCCAUUCGUACCGAGAAGAUGAAAGAUUUGGAGGAAAAAUGAUGAAGACGGGACGCCUCUUGUUUCAAGACGGGACGCCUCUUGUUUAUCAAACAUUUAAGGUCAGGCAAACUUGAAUCCUCUGUAUUGUUUGCAAAACACAACAAUUUUUAAAUAACAAUGCACGAGGAAACUUUUUAUAGAUUGGUGAAUGUUUGUGGCACACAAUUAUAAUUAUAAUUGUGUGCUGUGACAUACAGUUUGAGAUCUUAGGUCUCUGUAUUAGAUCAUGUCUACUUAGAUCAUGAGUAAAAAAACCUAUAUAUAUCUACACCCCUAUAAUAACAACUAAUGAAACAUGGGUGCAACUAGGUCUGGAUUUCAGCCAAAUCGCUGUUUUAAAAGCUCGAUAAAACUUUAACGUUUAUUGGAAUGUGUUCCACCAGUUUCGGGAAACUUUACAACCAAUGUACAAAAAGAAUGAAUUGCUUUUUUUAUCUGAAUUAACUGAUAAAGCUGUGGUCUUAAUCCAGUUCUGGUUGCAGCAACGCGUGAUUAGAUAUUAAAGUUAUUGCUUUCUCAUCACUUAAUGUGUAGUUUCCGGUAGUUUGUGCUUUUGUAAUGUAUUUUACUUUUACCCAAUGAGCACUUUUUAUCUUUUAGUAGAAAUUGUUUUAUUACGAAUCGUAUUUGCGCUAUAUCUAUAUAUACUGUGUCGAAAUAUUUCAGCCGAUUUUUCGCAAUUCUUAAAUUUUUGGCAACACGCCAAUUUUUGGUGCUUUGAAACUAUUUCAUGAAAAUUUUGCGAAAAAACAAAAAUUCGACAAAUUUUAUAUUUUAAUUGAAUUGAUUCUGCAUCGUGAUGUCACAGUUAUAAUAAACACUUAGCAACU